UUACAAAACAAAUGAUCCGUCCCACACCAGACCACCACGGAAAAUGGCGACUGUGAAAUAGAUGGAAGACGAAAGUAGGAAAUUGUUAAAUGUGGCGUUUUAUUUGUUCUCUGCUUCGAUCUACGACGUUAGAAGGUUAUUGCAAUGGAAAUGUCAUGUCAGUCUGGUGUUGAUGAAGAUGACAAAGACGCAGAUUCUGAAAUCAGUGCUCUCAUGCCACUGCAGGAGCCAGAGAGAAUGGCACACCAAUCAUCUUGCACUGAUUCUUUAAACACGCCUGCUACGCAUCACAAAAGUGGCCUUGAUGUUCUCUCUAACGUGGAAGUGUUGUCUUCUGAUGACCAGGGAAAUGGACCUUCUAUGCAUCAGGCCUCACAAGCCAUUGAACACAAUAGCUUAUCUGUUGAGAAAGAUGAGGAAAAAAGCAUCACCACACUAAAAACUGUGCAGGAGAUAGACACUGCAGGAAUCUGGAACUUUGAUGCGGAGUCUCCAGAUGACUCAUUGGAUGAUUUUGGUAGUGUCAGUGCCCUUAGUUGGGGCCCUCACAAAGAUUUUAUGGAGUUUCUGUGGGAGAAUCAUAGCGAUUCCCCUGAAGAGGAAACUAAAGAGCAAACCAGUCCAACAGACAGACAAAGAAGGAAACGGAAAAUGGACAUGGUUGUUAUGGUGGAUCCAUCAGAAGACUUGUACCCUGCUCUGGGCUCUAAGUCAUUUGAUGAAUCAUCUGAUAUUGAAGGACAGGUUGAUACAAGUCCUAUCAGAAAGACACCAAAGCUUUUCAAACCCCCAACAUCACCAACAGGGAAGCCUUCCAAGUAUCCCAAUGGAUCUGCAACUGCCAUUAAAGAAAUGCUACAUAAAGCACCUGCGAGAAUUUCACAUGAAAACAGUUUAAAUUGUGGACUUUCUCAAUUUAAGGAGAAGCCUCCAUCUUACUCAUGUUCAAAAUGUAAGCUUGUAUUCAAGAAACAAGAACACUUGUUUCGUCAUUUGAAAUCUCAUGUUGACCCUCCUGGUAUUUCACCAAAGCCUUUUACCUGUGAAGAAUGUGGGCAGUCUUUCAAACAAAGCAAUGCACUUGCUGAUCACAUAGCAACCCACCAGGUAAAGAAAACAAGACACACAGAAGACAUCAAAGGCAAUAGGAAAAAAUAUAAUAAGAAGCUUUUCUGUCCUCAGUGUCCAUUCGUAACGAAUUGCCCAAACACAUUUGUCCAACACGCAAAAACACAUGAAAAAGAAAAGAGGAAUUUUGGAUGUGACAGAUGUAGUUUUAAGACACUAAGUUACAAUGAACUCAGAAAACACGAGACUACGAAGCACCCUACUGUUACAGGUAAAAAGCAGCUACAGAGCAAAGAUUCCAAAAGCUUCCCCUGUACCCUUUGUUCCUAUAAAGCUUUUGCUGAACAUGUUUUUCAUAACCACCUAGUUCUACGUCAUCAGAUGACUUUGACGGAAUAUAUGGAAGCACAGAACAAUGGCAAGGUCACUCAAUCUCAUGGCCACAAGGUCACAUCUCAUAAGGCUUCUACUGCACAAAAAGAGUUUACAACUAAUUUCACGAAACAAAAUCAAAACUUCUCUAAAGGAACUCCUGAUGAGUCCACUGACAUUUCAGACUUGUUUAGCAGCAAGCUUCAGAAAGGUCCCAAGACUCCGUCAACAGAAUCAAAACUUGAUAGAUCGAUUAAUGUUCUCUUGUCUCGACAAAGCCAGGGAAAAAAAUGUCCAGAUCAGAAAGAAGGCAAUAAUUGUAGUGCAAAAGCUCAGGAUUCCACAAUUGACAACUUUGAUGAUUGUGAUUCUCUAGAAAUGUUGUCUAGCAAAGUGGAAGAUUCUGCUACGUCUGAAAACGGCCUAAAGCUUAAUGUUGAAAAUUCCUUCAAGAAGUCACAGUCAAAACGGAAGAUGUCCACCCCAUAUCGCAACACCUCUGAUCAAGACUCAUACUUCAUCUUACCAAAACAUUUAGCAGGUAACAAUAAAGUAAACCUAGAGGAAGAGUUUUCUGACUGUGAGGAAAACAACAUUUUUCAGAUCAAUGAGUCACACGCCAGUAGUACCCUUUUUGAAAAUAGUAUUGAAAAAGAAAGAAAAAGUAUCAUUUAUACUUAUAGUAGAAGGAUGUCCAUGAGAGACGCUCUACAUACUUCUAAACGGCUGUUUGAAAAGAUAAAGACAGAAGAUGAAGAACAAAGCAUCCCAGAUAUUAAAGAAGAAUCCAUUGAAACAGAGGUUUUUCAAGAGACCUUUGAGUCCCACCAAAUACCAUUGGGGGAAUCCCUUGAAGAUGAUCUGUCAGAAUUAGAAUCCGGCCAGAAGAAUUGUCCAUACUGUCCGGCUGUGUUUGAGUCUGGUGUUGGACUUUCCAAUCAUAUACGAGGACACCUUCAUAGGGUUGGAUUAAGCUACAAUGCACGCCAUAUUGUUUCUGCUGAGCAGGUGGCAUCACAAGACAGGAGGCCGCGUAUUCGAAGGAAGAUUGCAGCCUUCCGUCGACUGAGAAAAGCGAUACAGCUGGAGUCAGAUUCUGAGACUGUGAAGGGUGUUCAUGCUUGUCCGUUAUGUGGGGACUCCUUUGACAACAGAACUGGGCAAUCCAAUCACAUAAGAGGCCACCUGAAGAAACUUGGCAGAAGCUUUUCUACAAAGAGCAAGUCCCCAAUAGUUUUACUUCGAGAGCUGAUGCGCGACAAGAAGGAGUGCCAACGAGCUCUUCAGAUUUUAGGAAAAAGGCGGAACCAUUUCCACUAUGGUGCUUCACCAAAGCUGCACACUGCGAAUCGCUUCACAUCUUCAUUGACGGAAUUCCCUAAAAACAAUUCUUUUACAAGGGUUAACACAGACACCAAACCCCUGACAACUUCAUUUUCAUUAGAUGAAAGUGAGGCUGAAAAUGGGCACCGGGAGACAGAUUUGGAAGUCAAAAAUUCCCUCACAGGCACCAAUGAUUUGAUAGGAAUUCUAAAGAGGAGGAAGUGCCAGGAAGAAGCCAGACUCAAGGCGUCUUCUCAAGCGUCUAGAAACGUGUUAAAAGUUUCCUCAAACGGCGAGCUCAGUUCAGGAUCAAGGGUUGCAACACUGCCAACCACAGGAGCCGAGAAAGGGGAAUUCAACAGGAAGGUGUGCAUUCACUGCAAUGCCACCUUCCACAGUGGAGUGAGCUUGUCCAAUCACCUGCGGGCGUAUGCAAAGAGACAGAGGAUCGCCUUGCUUGAGGGAACAACCAUUGACUGUAAAGCCGUGAGACAGCGCUCCAGGCCGGGCUCAAAAAAGAAGACGCCGAUGUUGAACCAAACGCCGGAGGAGAUGUACAGACUGACCUGCAGGUUCUGCGACCUGGUCUUCCAGGGCCCGCUGUCCGUCCAGGAGGACUGGAUCAAACAUCUACAGAGACACAUCAUGAACACUGGUGUCCCUCACACGGGGCUGGGUAUGGUGGACGUCCCCCCACUGAUCACAGAACCCCCAAUUCUCAAGACUGAUGAAGACAGCUCUCUGGCAGUCACUAAUGUGGCCUCGUGAGGGCAGAGGGGGUCUUUGGGAACCGGUUCCCCCACGGGAACCUUUUUUAGAUCACUAGAGUGUAUGUGUAUGUACAUGUGACGUUCUUUCACCUUUUUCUUUAUAAUCAGUACAGUACUGGCCCGUGUACACGUACACGUUGGAGCAUCUGGACGGUUCCACUCUUCUUUUGGAUCAUGUCACCACUGAAUUCUUUCUACCGUCUCCUGGCUUUCUGCAGUGGUGUUGAAUCCAUUCCAGAUGAAGCAACCUUUACCUCAGACUGCUCACGGUUGAUCACUUUUCCUUUGGUUUCCUCUGAGCAGCAGCCGUGAUGCUCUGCAGAAACGCGGCGCCCACAGAGGCGCUUUCCCCCGAAGAUGCAAAAAAAAAUAAAACCCUGUUUGCAUAGAAAUGUUUUUAUAGAAUUUCAGUCAACGUGUUGUUUCUAAUAGAGAAUAAAACUGAAAGUGGAUGAGGGCGGUCUGUGCUGACCACGCCCUCCAUGUCACCUAUAUUUUAUGUUCAGAUAUACUGUUUUAAGAUAAUUUAAUUUGAAUUGUACUUUAUCACUUAGAGAAAUGCGUAAAACGUUUGUGUGGCUCUAAAUAAAACAACAAAACAAAAUACAA